GCGAGAGGCCCCUUUCCAUUCUCCAAAUUUAUGGCGGCUGCUUAACCACAUGUCCUUCACACCUCACUCUUCCUAGUCCCUCCCCGGAUUCAGAUCAGUAAAUUUAGGAAAAAAGAAGGAAAAAACAGAGACAGAUGGGACCAGCUAUCUAAUUCUAAUCUUAGCUUAGUGACGGCAACAUAAACUUGACUAGAUGGCACUCUUUCAACCGUCAGAUCCGUCCACCUUUCCCUCUCCCUUUAUUUUUGUAUCCUAACCAGCUUCUACACCAUUUGGACUUGAUGAAUAAAAACAACAACAACAAUAAUAAUAAUACUAAUUAAGACCCAAAACAGAGGUAAGCUUUUGGCUUUCGCUGCCGCGCGCGAUGAUGCCAAUUGCUUCUCCAAAGCGCCUCCUCUCGGCGCUGCUGAUUCUGUCGCUCGCCGCUUCCAAUUUGGCCUCCCCCUUGCAGUUGCAGCAGUUCAGAGAAGCCCCGCAAUUCUACAACUCCCCUAGUUGUCCACAACUUCUCUGCAUCAAUGGCGGCAGCCAUGAAAGUGCUUUUGAAUGCGAGAACGGAAGCGGAUUAACAUGCGCCGAGAACGCGGUCCAUGUGGCAAUGACGCUCGACGCAGCCUACCUACGUGGCUCCAUGGCCGCCAUUCUCUCUGUGCUUCAACACUCCGCUUGCCCGGCCAACAUCAACUUCCACUUCGUCGCCGCCUCCGCCGCCUCCGCCCGCCAACUCAACCUCACCAUCUCCAGAUCCUUCCCUUUCCUCAACUUCCGAAUUUACCCCUUCGACGCCGCCGCCGUGGCAGGCCUCAUUUCCACCUCCAUCCGGGCGGCGCUCGACUGCCCCCUCAACUACGCCCGCAACUACCUCGCCGACCUCCUGCCCGCCUGCGUCCACAAAGUCGUCUACCUAGACUCCGACCUCGUGCUCGUCGACGACAUUGCCAAGCUGGCGUCCACGCCUCUCGGCGAUCUAGCCGUUCUCGCGGCGCCGGAAUACUGCAACGCCAACUUCACCUCCUACUUCACGCCGACGUUCUGGUCCAACCCGUCCCUUUCUCUGACGUUCGCAGGCCGCAAAGCUUGCUACUUCAAUACCGGCGUGAUGGUCAUCGACCUCCGGCGGUGGAGAGACGGGGAAUACACGAGGAAGAUUGUGGAAUGGAUGGAACUGCAGAAAAGAGUGAGGAUCUACGAGCUGGGUUCGUUGCCGCCUUUCCUGCUGGUUUUUGCCGGGAACAUAGCGCCGGUGGAUCACAGAUGGAACCAGCACGGUCUUGGAGGCGACAACUUCCGGGGACUUUGCCGGGAUUUACACCCGGGUCCAGCGAGUCUCUUGCAUUGGAGCGGAAAGGGAAAACCAUGGGUUCGCCUAGACGCCAACCGGCCAUGCCCUCUGGAUACUCUCUGGGCGCCAUACGAUCUUCUAGAAACACCGUAUCUUCUUGAAUCUUGAGCUUCCUUUUGUUUUCCAGAUAAUUGGCUAAAAGGGAUGGGAUGCACAAAUAUUCAGAAGAGAUGAGAGAUCUAAGGCUACAAAUCCUUCUCUGAUGGAUAGAUAUGUCGAUAGCUACCCCAUCGUAGAUGGAAGUAGAUCGACAUGGCUCUGGUGAGUUCAGGCGUUCUGUAAGUUGCCAGGUAGCAGAUUAUGAUUGUAUACUUUUUCUAAUGUUGUGAUUCUCUGUAGCUGAGAACAGUAAACUACCAAGUACAGUUGCCAACAAAUACAAAGACAAAAAAAAAAGAAGAAGAAGAAGAA